GGAUCAUCGUCACUUUCCAGGUUGAGCCGUUGCCGUUUCUCCAGAUCAAGAUAACAUUUAACUUUACCUCCGACAUUUCCACCUUCCUCCUACCAACUAAAUUCGCCAAAGUACUAUACAACCAUAUACAACUUGUUCGACAAUACAUUUCACUUCAUCAGAUUUCAUCCACAUUCCAACAUGGCUGCUCGAGGUCCACCAGGCUCCCGCGCCGGAAACUCACGAUUCGCGCAGUUUAAAUUGGUGCUACUUGGUAGGUGGUUCCAUGUGGACCUGAUAUAUUUCAUUAGAUUGUCUGCUAACAUUGUACGAUAGGGGAAUCUGCCGUCGGAAAGGUAUGAGCUCGCUGUUUGCUGGAUAUAUUUUACGUACUGACAUUGGGAAUAGAGCUCCUUGGUUUUACGAUUCGUUAAGGUAUUCAUCACCACUCCUAAGCAAGAAGAAUGUUUCAAACUGACCUUGACACCAGGAUCAAUUCGAUGAUUGUAGGUGGCUUCCAACAAAUCUCGUUCUUAUACCAGAUGCCUAGGCACACUUCGAGCAAGGAUUGGGAAUGGACAAAGAGCACACCGCUGACUUCACGACAGACCGCGAGAGUACCAUCGGCGCAGCUUUCUUAACUCAAACGAUUUCCCUCGAUGAAAAUACCACAGUCAAAUUCGAAAUAUGGGAUACUGCAGGUCAAGAGAGAUACAAGUCACUGGCACCCAUGUAUUACCGAAAUGCCAACUGUGCUGUUGUUGUUUAUGAUAUUACACAGGCUGUAAGCUUCUCUACUUCUGGAUAACAUAGUACCCACUAACAUGUGGUAGUCCUCAUUGGAUAAGGCCAAAUCUUGGGUGAAAGAACUUCAACGACAAGCAAACGAGAACAUCAUUAUCGCUUUGGCCGGAAACAAACUCGAUUUAGUCACGGAACAACCGGAUAAACGUGCUAUUACCACCGAAGAUGCAUCAAAUUACGCGAGGGAAGCCGGAUUGUUAUUCUUCGAAACUUCCGCCAAAACCUCUGAAAACGUGAGAGAAUUGUUCACGGCCAUUGCAAAGAAACUGCCUUUAGAUCAAGCUGGUCCAAGAAAUCCAAGAGCUGGUGGCCCACGAGGAACAGGUGUUGAUCUCAGACCCGAAGCGCCAGGAACACAAGCAGGCCCUGGAUGUGGUUGUUAAAGAAACUUUGUGAUGACUAUGCGGUGGAGUAUGGGACAUAUUGGGUGGAAAGAACCUUUGAUACCAAGAAUAAGCUAUUGUCGGGGCUUUCCACAAAUGAUGUUCCUUUUCGAACAAGAUUGCUUGGUUGAAUGUAGCAUACAUGUGGCCACUUCAACAUUUUACGAGAGCAAUCGUUUUAAUACCUUGAUGUCUCUGUUUUCUCGUAGGAAGGGGUUUGAUUUGCAGCAGAUUUUCUGCUUGCCAGGCGUGAGAGGGUUUCUUCUUUUUUUUUUGAUGAAUUAGUUCUUUCAGCAUUUGGGAUGUAUGAUAUGCAAUAGAACCACAUGCAUUUAACGAUUUUACAAUGCACAAGACUUGUGGAGAAUGAUCAUCAUAGGGAUUGUUGCAAUACAUGAGUUUAUAUUAUCAUUUCAUUAAUGAAUGUUAUUUUAAAUUUGAUAUGAAAAACCAAUUCG